AUGGCCGAACUUCUUAUUUCGCAUGGUGCAAAUAUCAAUGAAAAAGAUAAAGAUGGAAAAACCGCUCUUUAUAUCGCAGCAUAUAAAAAUAGUAAAGAAACAGCCAAACUUCUUAUUUCGCAUGGUGCAAAUAUCAAUGAAAAAAAUAUAUAA